UUUAAUCUUUAUAUGUAGCUAUUUGUGUUUUGUCGUAGCUAUUACCUAACGUUUUCGUGUCGUCUCCGUUUCUUCUUAUUCUUGAACGAUGCGUCGGUGCAUAAGCUGCAAAAGCCUAAAAUUAUUAUCUAAUUUGUUUUUUUUAGUACCUAUUCAUACUUAUUUAUUAUCGUAUGUCGGAUAGAAAUCAAAAAUGUCUAUCAGCACAUUUCUGAGCAAGUUCGUAUUCCAGUUUUUCAAUCUAUUUUGUUUUAUAUCAGGCGUCGGUAUUUUGUGGAUCGCGUACUUUAUUGACAGAAAGCUGUACAAAUGGUCAGAGUUUGUUGAUUCGGAACUGACCUCAUUGCCUCAAGUACUGACGGCUGUCGGUCUCACAUUACUAGUCAUUGCCGUCGUCUGUGUGUACGCUACUCUCAAGAACAUCAAAUAUCGAUUAAUUCUGGUAUCUUUACUGCUCGCAAUCCUCUUAGUCGGAGAAUUUCUGUUGGGUGGUGUUGUUUACCAUAUGCGUAGUGACAUGGAACAAUAUGCACUGAAACGAAUGGAGUACACAAUCAGCGAGUACAAUAAAACCGGACAUGAAGCCACUAGACAGUCCUGGAAUGUAUUACAAUCUAAUAUCGAAUGUUGCGGAAUUGAAGGACCGAAAGAUUGGAAGCUGGUUUCGCUCAGCGGUGGACUGCCUGCGUCUUGUUGUUACGCCGUUCAAAUAGAUCAAUCUUGCACGGAAAUCAAUUCGUACACAAUCGGCUGCUUUCAAAAGUUCAAGACCAAUCUUCAGCAAAAUAGCCGAAUAAUAUUUUGGUUUGCUGUAGGAUUUGCUUUGGUUCAGAUAUUUGCCGUAUUUUUAGCAUUUUAUUUCAAGUGUUCUGUUGUCCAUGAAGAGUAUGAGAAAAUAUAAUGAUAGUUAUUGGUACCAACUACCAAUAUAAUAUAUAUAUUAUAUAUAAUUUAAGUUUGUAAAAUAUUGAAACAAUUUACCUAUCGUACAUAUUUGUACCUAUUUAUUUUUCGCACUAUAGUCUCAUUUAGUAAUAGGCAAUAAGCUAUACAAUGCAUAGGUAUAAUAUUAUCUUUUAUAAUUGUAUACUUGUAUUUUUAAAUAAAUAAACCUACAAUCA